AUGGAGGCACUUUGCAGCACAUCCAACGAGGAGACGGGUGAGGAGUUAGUUGAAUGGUUUGAGGAUGUUCGAUUGAAGGCAUUCAACAUGGAGGCACUUUGCAGCACAUCCAACGAGGAGACGGGUGUGGUGUCAGUGGAAGGUUUUGUGACUGUUCGAUUGAAGUGCUCGUCGAAUCACCAGGUGCGAUUGUGCGCCUGGAUGGAGAGAAUCGAGCACAAACACGGUCGACGCCCACCCCAAGUACGAACGCACUUUGAUGUGCCUCGUUAA